AUGACUGCACUCGAUUUUAGCAGAGUCGGCUUCAUUGGCCUCGGAGCCAUGGGAAAGCACAUGGUCGAACAUCUCGCCACCAAACUCCCUAAUGACAGCAGCGUUUUCGUAUAUGACAUUUCAAGCCCCCCGAUCGAUGAGCUAGUGGGCAGGUAUCCAGGAAAGAUUGUUCGAAACACAUCACCGAGGAAUGUAGCAGAUAAUUCGACACUCAUCUUUUCCAUGGUUCCCGAAGGAGAACAUGCCCAUUGCGUAUACCUUGCCCCGGAGACUGGCGUUGCAGCGGCACCCCUCCACGGCAAAAUCCUCAUCGACUGCUCAACAAUCGACAUCGCCACAAGCCUCAGCAUCAAGAACCAUAUAACAGCUCACCACGCAACGACCUCUUUCUACGACGCCCCAGUCAGCGGCGGCACCCUCGGCGCGAAAGCCGGCACCAUCGCGUUCUUCCUCGGCUGCGCGACAGACGACCCGAACCUCCCGCGUAUAAGUGAAUUGCUGUGUCUGAUGGGAACUAAGGUCAUCCCCUGCGGCGGUCCAACAUCCGGCCUUGCUGCGAAGCUGUGCAACAAUUACCUCUCUGGCCUAAUUGCGAUCGCGAGUUCCGAGGCCCUGAACAUGGGGAUCCGUGCUGGCCUUGACCCACGCGUACUCAACAAUGUCAUUGGUGCUGGGACUGCGGCGAAUGCGGUCUGUGCAGAUUAUAAUCCUUGUCCUGGAGUUGUGGCCAAGGCACCCUCAAGCAAGGGAUAUGAGGGUGGAUUCAAGGUACAGUUGAUGAAGAAGGACUUUGGGCUCGCAGUGGAGUUGGCGAAGGACGUGGGUGCGAACUUGGUGCUUGGGGAGAAGGGGCUCGAGACGUAUACGGCUGCGGCGGAGGAUCCGAAAUGUCGGGAUCGAGACUCGAGGGUUGUAUUUAGGUUUAUUGGCGGGGAUGAAGGGUGGAAGGAGAGACUUGGAGGUUAA